ACAGGCACAGGCUCAGACAGACAACUGUCAAUCAAAAAUGCUCAUUAGAAUAUUAGGUCCCGCCCAUUAGAACAGGCUCAGAUCAUUAAUAUCAGUGAGUUCUGGUUUUUUUAGAGCUGUUGUUUUUAUCACAGAUUUCAUCCUGUGUUUUUUUUUUUUUUUUUUGCUGGAUGUUAAACAAACACUUAAGCUCUGGAUUCUACACAGUUUAAAAUAUAUUCAAAUUAAAAUAUUUAUUAUUUAUUAUUAACGUUUUGGUUUGGUGCUAUUAUAAAAAAAGUUAGUAGUACUAUUAAACAGUACAAAUGUUGCUUAUUACUGAGUCACUGCUCAUGGUGUAGAAGUGAUCGUUAUUUCUUUCAGUUCAUUGGGCCAAAGUGAUCACACGCCAUCUGUGUAAAAUCGUCACACACACACACACACACACACACACACACACACACACACACACACGAGACACUCACAGCCUGUUUACUAUGAAGCUAAAAGAAGGCUAGAAACAGAUUUACUGCCCUGGUUUUGCUGCAUCUUUCUGCUUGUGCAGCUCGUUUAUCAAAUACAAACUCAUAAGAUCAAAUAUGGCUGAACUGAAGAGAUGAAAAAAGAGACCUGUCAUCUGCUGAAAGAUAUCUCAGUUGACCUUUUGUUCUCCUUCCACAGCGCUAAUCAAACCUCGAGGGUUUGAGACGCUCUUACAGCAGGAGGAGAGAAGAUGAUCCGAUGGGAUUGAUUAAAACUCAUUGAGCUCAGAGUGGCCUAAAGGUCAUGGGGUCGUUCACACUGGGGAAAGCGGCACCACUGGAGCUGCUGCUAGACGCCUGUAUCACUGCGUUCGACGAUGAAGGAAAACUAAACGGGAAUCUCCUUCCCCGAACGUUCCUGCUAAUGCACCGAUGGUAUGUUUCAUCUACGGAGCUAGCGGGAAAACUCCUCAGCAUGUAUCGGGACUGUACUGGAGACGACCGCGAGCGAACCAGGCUGAAGAUCUGCUAUUUAAUGAGGUACUGGAUCGUCGAGUUCCCCGCUGAGUUCGAUCUAGAUCUCGGUCUGAUUCGACUGACGGAGGAGUUUAGAGACGUAGCGGCGCAGCUGGGCUGUGACCAACACCUCCGCCUGCUUGACAUCUCCACCAUCCCAUCAUACGACUGGAUGAGGAAGCUGACGCAGAGGAAGAAGCAGGUGAAGAAGGGCAAAGCGUCGCUGCUGUUCGAUCACCUGGAGCCGAUGGAGCUGGCCGAGCACCUCACCUUCCUCGAGUACAAAUCCAUCCGCAGGAUAUCAUUCACAGACUAUCAGAGCUACGUGGUGAACGGCUGUGUGAUGGAUAACCCCACACUGGAACGUUCCAUUGCUCUGUUUAAUGGCGUGUCUCAGUGGGUUCAGCUGAUGGUCCUCAGUAAACUCACACCACAACACAGAGCCGACGUCAUCAGCAAGUUCAUCCACGUGGCCCAGAAACUUCUUCACUUGCAGAACUUCAACACACUCAUGGCGGUGGUCGGGGGUUUGAGUCACAGCUCCAUCUCACGCCUGAAGGAAACUCACACACACCUCAGCGCUGAUGUCACCAAGAUCUGGAGUGAGAUGACGGACCUGGUGUCGUCGAAGGGGAACUACAGCGCGUACCGUAAAGCCUACAGCGAGUGUGAGGGCUUCAAGAUCCCCAUCCUGGGCGUGCACCUGAAGGACCUGAUCGCCGUGCAUGUGGUUUUUCCUGACUGGAUCGACGAGAGCAAACUGAACCUGGUGAAAAUGCAGCAGCUCUACAUCACGUUUAAAGAGCUGAUGACGUUACAGAGCUCAGCGGCUCACGUCGAGCCCAACAUGGACCUCAUCUACCUGCUGGCUCUUUCACUGGAUCUCUACUACACUGAAGAUGAGAUUUAUGAGCUGUCUUUACUACGAGAGCCACGAAACACCAAAUCUGUGCCUACUUCUCCAACAACGCCGAAUAAAACGCACGCUCCUCUGGACUGGGCGUCAGGAGUGACGACUAAACCAGAUCCUUCAGUCGUCAACAAACACAUCCGCAAAGUGGUGGACUCCGUGUUCCGGAACUACGAUCACGAUCACGACGGAUACAUUUCCCAGGAGGACUUCGAGAGCAUAGCGGCCAAUUUUCCUUUCCUGGAUUCUUUCUGUGUGUUAGAUAAAGAUCAGGACGGCUUGAUCAGCAAGGAUGAGAUGAUGGCGUAUUUCCUGCGCGCUAAUCCUGUGCUGCAGUGUAAAAUGGGGCCGGGUUUCAUCCACAACUUUCAGGAGAUGACGUACCUGAAGCCCACCUUCUGUGAACACUGCGCUGGAUUCCUCUGGGGGAUUAUUAAACAGGGCUACAAGUGCAAAGACUGUGGUGUUAAUUGUCAUAAACAGUGUCGAGAGUUGCUGGUGCUAGCGUGUAGGAGACUUCCGCGCUCCACCUCGCUCUGCAGCGUCUCCCCCGGAGCUCACAGCUCGUUACCCAGCAGCCCCACCCUGCCCACCUCCAAAGGUGAAGACGAGG